ACAGGCUCGAUCAGGCGGCAGGUUAUCUCCAACACUUCUACUCUCCUGACAUAAUAGGGAUGUCAACCGGCCAACGCAUGGCUACAACUCUGGACGGCUGCGACUUUGUUUCAUUAAGAAGCUGUCGGGAGUUGGAAGGAGGAUAUCUAAGUCUCCUUGAAGAACUCUUGCGAAAGCCAGUUUUACCUGUCGGAUUACUCCCUCCAAGUCCGAGAUUUGGAAACAACAUUAAUCAUAUUGACACCAACUGGUCUACUACUCUCAACUGGCUGGAAAAACAAACACCCAAGUCUGUUGUUUUUGUAGGGUUUGGCACCGAGUACAAAAUGCCCGUUGAACAAGUGCAUGAAUUGGCCUAUGGGCUUGAACUCUCCAAGCUUCCGUUUAUGUUGAUUCUCAGAAAUCCCGAGGGGCUAAGCAGUUCAGAAUUAUUGCCUGGUGGGUUUUUUGAUCGAAUCUCUGACCGAGGCAUGGUUUCUCUUGGUUGGGCGCCACAAGCAGGUAGAAAUUCUGGCUCACCCUGCAAUUUUAGGGUGUCUCUUCCACGCUGGUUGGGGAUCAAUUAUCGAGUCGCUUGGUUUUGGACACCCACAAAUUCUGAUGCCCAUGGUGGCUGACCAGAAUCUAAAUGCCAGACUAUUAGUGUAGAAGGGUAUUGGCCUUGAGGUUCAAAGGAACCCAGACGGCUCGUUCGACCGAGACGCCAUUGCCAAGUCCUCGAGGCUGGUUAUAGAAGAGAAAGAGGGAGAGGCACUAAGACUGAAGGCAGCUCAGAUGCAAGGAAUUUUUGCCAACCAGGAGCUUCAUGAGAACUACAUAAACAAUCUCAUUCAGUUUAUGGGCUCUUACAAAAAAAAUGAUCAUCAAACACCUAUGGAAGAUGCUAAGAAGUUCUAGCCUAUCGAUCGAUGAUUACCCUUUACUGUUGUGAAUGUGUUUAUUGU